AUGCGCGCCGUCUUCGCCAUCAUCUCCCUCCUCGCCGCCACCGUCGCCGCCCGCUUCGACGGCCCUUGCAACGACACCCACUGCGGCGAGGCCAACGUCAACUGCGAGGCCGAGGGCCGCAUCUGCGUCGGCUUCCCCAGCGUCGAUCCCGAGAAGCGCCUCGGAUGCACUUGCAGCAUUGUCUAA